AAUGGGCGUGAAGACCCUCCCACUGGCGCUGCGAGAACGGGUCGUCCCGCCGGGGAUUGCCUGCCACUCCUCCCGGGUUCACAUCCUCACUCUCCGAAACCCCGCUACACAGUGAGGCAGCAACUACGCACCUUCAGUGUGUCAACUGGACUUCUCCGAAAACCAGCUCCAAUUCCAUACCUGGCUGCCUAACCCAGGCAUGGCAGACGGCUGCAUCCUGUCAUGGCAGUGCGACAUUACACCCUCGACUUCAAGCUCUCUGCGCCAGCUGACAUUCCUUCGACUGUGCGUGCUGUGCAGUGUAUAUUUCAAGAGCAGGAAAUGACAGAGACCAUCCACGACACCGAGGGACACGGAUACCUGGCCACCUUCAUCGGCAAGAACGGCAGGUUCGCCGUUCUUCGAAUGCACUCCCAUGGUCUCAUGACCUUUGACCUCCAGUCUUGUGAGGGUGACGACGCGGCUCAAGUGGACAAUCUGUUGAAUGCACUGGAAAAGAAGAUGAAGACCCUCUGUCAUGGGAACAUAAAGCAGAUCAAGAGGCUCCCAGCACUGAGACGUGGUGAUAAAGUGGACCGGUACUGGCCCACUGCAGACGGGCGUCUGGUGGAGUACGACAUUGAUGAGGUUGUGUACGAGGAGGACUCAGCGUACCAAAACAUAAAAAUCCUGCACUCACGGCAGUUUGGCAACAUCCUCAUCCUCAACGGAGACGUCAACCUGGCAGAGAGCGACCUGGUCUACACCCAGGCCAUCAUGGGCAGCGGUAAGGAGAGCUACGCAGGGAAGGAGGUGCUCAUCCUGGGCGGAGGAGACGGAGGUAUCCUGUGUGAGGUGGUGAAACUGAAACCAAAGAUGAUCACCAUGGUGGAGAUCGACCAGUUGGUGAUUGAUGGCUGUCGGAAGCACAUGCGGAAGACCUGUGGAAAUGUCCUGGAUAACCUGAAGGGAGACUGUUACGAGGUGCUGGUAGAAGAUUGUGUACCUGUGCUAAAGAAGUUUGCACAGGAGGGCAGGACAUUUGACUACGUCAUCAAUGACCUCACUGCUGUUCCCAUCUCCACGGCACCAGAGGAGGGAUCUCCUCUCUUCCAGACUCCUACCUGGGAGUUUCUGAGGCUCAUCCUGGACCUGUCCAUCAAGGUGCUGCGGCCAACAGGAAGAUACUUCACACAGGGUAACUGUGCAAACCUGACCGAAGCACUGAGGCAGUAUGAGGAGCUGCUGGGAAGGCUGUCCUGCCCUGUGGGUUUCUCCAAAGAGGUGGUGUGUGUGCCCUCCUACAUGGAGCUAUGGGUCUUCUACACCGUCUGGAAGAAGUAAAGCAGACCCACCCUUCCCCUGGCUCUAGACCUGCUUCUCUCUCCUCCUCCCUCUCCCUCCUGUUUUUCUCAUCCUCCUCCCCACCCCGCCCCGAUCUGACCAACGGGCUCCAGAGCGUUGGGAGGUGAAGGCCGUCUCCCCCAGGAGCACCGGGAGAAGCUCUGCACGUCUCUGCACACACACUCUUUCAGACUCGCUCGCCCACGCGUUUGUUUGCUCGCUCGCUCUCCCUCCAUGUCCAAAAGGACCCAGCCCCAAACCUGCCGCACUUGUUCAUUCAUUCAUUCAUUCAUUCAUUCAUUCAUAUUCGUUUGUGUGUGUGUGUGUGUGUGGUUGUUUGUAGCCGUUGUUUUUAUUAUUAUGUCUAU